AUGUAUGCGAAUGAAGGGACCGUCGCAGUGGUGCUGCCGGAGCAAACACGAGAUCACCAUAAAAGCCAACCGGAUGAUAGCGAUUCCAAGUUGGAAGGUGCAGAGGAAGUUCUGUCCGAGUAUCCAGACGGCGGACAGCGCGCAUGGUUGGUAGUGCUAGGCGUCUGGUGUGCGCUGUUCCCGACCUUUGGCAUCAUGAACAUCACGGGAAUUCUGGAAGAAUGGCUAGCGGAAGAUCAAUUGCAGGGCCAUUCCAAGGCUUCCAUCUCGUGGAUCUUUAGUAUCUAUAAUUUCCUCUUUUGGCUCGGUGGAAUUCAAUUCAUACUUAGCUUCAGCAUUCUCGGCGGUCUUUCGUCUUCCGCGGUGUUAACCCCGACUCUUGGAACGAUCAAUCACUGGUUUUUAAAGCGUCGAGGUUUGGCCACUGGGGUUGCUACUACGUCUGGCGGGAUCGGAGGCAUUGUCUGGUCCGCUAUCUUUGGAGCACUCCAAGACAACCUAGGAUUCCCAUGGAUCGUUCGAAUCCUGGGGUUUAUGUCCAUUGGAUGUUUUGCAGUUAGUUUGCUGCUCAUGGAAACCAGACUCCCUCCUAACAAGUCGGCUGGAGGAACCAUCGAUAUUCGGUCCCUGCGGGAGGUCCGAUUCACCAUUGCUUCUAUAGCAGUGAGCUUUGCUGAAGUCGGCCUGAUGAUUAUGAUCACGUAUCUCCCUGCGUACGCUGCCUCGCAUGGGGUGACUGGCGCUCUGUCCUACAAUCUGAUGUCCAUUUUCAGUGCCACUCUGAUUUUCGGUCGAGUGAUUCCAGGACUGCUGGCCGAUCGCUGGGGACGAUACAACGUCAUGACUGUCACCGGUGGUGUAAGUAUGCUGUUGGUCCUGGCCUUGUGGAUGAAGGCGGGAGAGGAUACGGCCGCGAUUGUGACCUUCGCUGCAUUCUAUGGUUUCUGGAGUAGCCCGGCCGUGGGCCUGUCGCCAGUCUGUAUCGCCCAGAUCUCCCGAACUGAGGACUAUGGGAAACGGUAUGGGACAACGACCGCAAUCUUUGGGCUCAGUAUUUUAGUAGCCAUUCCCGUCGCAGGUGAGAUCUUGAAGGCACAGAACCCAGCCUCCGGGCAGGAAACAAACUAUACCGGUCUGAUCGUCUUUUGCGGCGCAUCGUAUGCCUUCUCAACGGUCCUCCUUGUUGUGACCAAAGUGAUUAGUGUGGGAUGGAGUGUAACUCGCGUGUUUUAG